AUUCCAAUAAAUUGAAUAAGAUAUUGAAACUUAUUUGAAGUCUCUAUGACAACCCUGGUGUCGACCGAAGUUGCUGAAAACAGAAAAAUAUUGCAAAUGAUGUAGUUUUUAUUAAAUGAGUGCUAAGUUUUGGUUAUUUCGACAAUAAAAAUUGUGUAACGAAAUAGUUCGAGUGCGAAUAAUCAAGGAAAUCGUGCAGUAUCGAUUGUCCGGGGCAGCGAUACGAGAACAUUCUGAAAUAAAAUGUAUUUGUUUUGAUUGGCAUCGGAAAAAAGUGGAUACUAUUUUGUCGAAUGAGUGUUGAUAGUGACGGAAAGGAAUAAACAAAGUCAAAAUAUUCUGCCGGAUUCAGUGGCAAUGUCGCCUCUGUGGACCGCAAAAUAUGAUUAUCAAGCCAAAGGUGACGAUGAGCUCUCGUUGCGGGUUGGACAAAUCGUCUAUGUCCUCUCGAUGGACAGUAGCAUUUCGGGUGAUGAGGGAUGGUGGACGGGAAAGAUUGGUGACAGGGUUGGGAUUUUCCCAUCCAAUUUCGUCACAAACGAGGAUCCAGCAGUGCUCAAUGUGCAGCCUGUGGAGAUAAAAUUCGAUGAGCUUGAUUUGAAGGAGGUGAUUGGAGUUGGUGGUUUCAGCAAAGUCCAUCGUGCCUUUCUAAAUUGCGAGGAAGUUGCCGUGAAAGCAUCCAGACAGGAUGAGGAUAUCGACGUAACGCGUGAUAAUGUGCUACAGGAAGCGAAACUUUUCUGGUCCCUGAAACAUCCCAACAUUGUGGCUUUGCGGGGUGUGUGCUUGGAACCGCCUAUACUUUGCUUAGUAAUGGAAUAUGCCCGUGGAGGAUCAUUGAAUCGUGUGCUGGCCGGACGAAAAAUACCUCCAGAUGUUCUCGUGGAUUGGGCAGUGCAGAUAGCACGGGGAAUGAAGUAUUUGCACUGUGAAGCUCCGAUUUCCGUUAUCCACAGGGAUUUGAAAAGCUCUAACGUUCUCAUAAGCGAAAGCAUAUCAAGCGACAACAUCAAAAACAAAACACUGAAAAUAACGGAUUUUGGCCUUGCACGAGAAGCAUACAAGACGACAAGAAUGUCAGCUGCCGGUACGUUCGCUUGGAUGCCACCGGAAGUUAUUAAGUCAGGCACAUACUCAAAAGCCUCAGACGUUUGGAGUUACGGUGUGCUGUUGUGGGAAUUGUUGACCGGUGAAACACCUUACAAAGGAUUUGACUCGUUAUCUGUUGCAUACGGUGUUGCCGUCAAUACGUUAGCCCUGCCAAUACCUAAGACUUGUCCUGAAGCAUGGGGAAAACUGAUGAAAUCCUGCUGGGAAUUGGAUGCACAUCGGAGACCAUCGUUCAGAGAUAUUGAAAAAGAUUUAGACAUUAUUGCGCGUUCGGGAUUUGCCCAAACACCUCACGAAUCAUUCCAUACUAUGCAAGAUGGCUGGAAAAAGGAAAUCGCCGAAGUCCUCCAGGAGCUUCGUAAGAAGGAAAAGGCAUUUAAGUGUUUUGAAGAGGAAUUACGGAGCAAAGAGGAGGAACUUAGUCGAGUGCAGCGUGAACAGCGCUGCAAGGAAGAAGAUUUAGCCAAGCGCGAGCAGGAAUUGGAUGCGCGUGAAAUUGAACUGCUAGGACGAGAACUGAACAUUAUCAUUACUCAAAAUACACCAACGCCUAAAAAGCGAAAGGGAAAAUUUAGCAAAAGCAAACUAAGGUUAUUGAAACGGGAACCGGGACAGAUAUCUUUUCCGCUCGAUUUUCGUCAUACCAUAACGGUGCAACACACCGCAAUUCGAGACGAAUCUCGACAGCGCACAGACACGCCUCCCGGUUCCCCAGCCACCCGUUUGAGAGCGAUAGCACUUCCGACCGAUGGUAUAAAAGGUAAAACCUGGGGACCAUCGACUCUGCAUCAGCGUGAGCGAGGUCACUUACCAGCACUUCGAACAACAGUCCGGACGCAGGAUUUCAGUAAAAGUGCCCCAAAUCUGGACAAAUCCCGCAUUUUGGCUGUCUCCGCCAGUUCUUCGCGUAAUGAGAUAUUAGAUUACGACACUGAUGAGUGGUACCCGUCUAACCUUAAUGUCGUUGGUGACACGUCGUUGAAUACGCCGCUUUGUACUAGUCUGACAAGAUUCAGUGGAGUUUCUAGCACCAUUCCAAUGCCAACGCUUUACUUUUCCGAAGGACAGCGCAAACCAAAGUUGUCGAUCAUAGAGUUAGUGUUGUAUAAUAUCGCUUCGAUGUUGGCUGGUGUUGCGUCCGGAUAUGAUGUCCGGAUAUCGAACGUUACGCCUCUCCAUCCGCGGCUGCAUCCACCUCCGGUGCUGGAUGAUGUGUAUCAAACUCAUCCUAGUCCUUAUCACAAUCUGCAUCAUCCGAUGCAGCCACUGUUACCAAUGCCGCAACAGUUAGACAGUAAUUUAGAACAAUCCUACACAGAUGCUCAUAACGAAAGAGUUUACGUACAUAACACCUUCCACGGCCCUAUGAAGCAUAGCAGGACACCGCUUACUUCGCUUAGUCCUAGACAAGAUGAACGACCGCUGCGAUGCACGGAUUCGCCUCAUCACUAUCUACCUUCAACCAUGUCAACGACCAGUGGUUUGGGGUCGAACUAUACCCCCUCUGGUCCUAGUUCUUCACUAAGUGGUGGCGUAGGAACGCAACCUCCGACGCCGUCGCCGCGGCGAAAGUCGAGCGUCAAUUCAUUCGUGGAGUAUGGAGAACUUCCGGAAGAACAGGAAAGCAGGGCUGGUCUCUACGUGGUUAAUGAUUAUGCAAACUAUCCACAAACGAACAAUAGUAUGUUCUCAAGCGGGACCAAUGCUGGUUAUUUUGGCUCCCACUAUUUUCCAUAUCGGCCCGAAAUCAAUUUUGCCUUUGAACGUGAUACUAAAUCAUAUGGCGGCGAGCCGGUUUACGAGGAUCACCAUUAUGAUAGCGCUUCGUAUCAUGACUAUGCUUAUGAAAACAGCUCCAACUGUAGAUUCAAUGCGCAGCGUGUGCCUGCGAUGGGUGUAAGUGCUGCUGGUCACCGGAGAACUUUAUCGAACGUGUCUGCAACGGCCAGUAAUAUCAACCAAGGUUUCCUGCUCGAUCAUGACGACGACGUUGCCCUGGUGGAUGAUACUGUUUAUAACUUUAACCAGUUCUACAUAAGCAAUAAUCAAAACGAAAUUAAGGUAUCCGAAGUUUCCUUCAUUCCUAACCGCAUGCGUGAGUACGAAAACAUUUCAAGUUAUUUCAAAGACAGACAGUCUAGUUUAAAUGUAGGGCAUUUUUCUAACGAAUUUAUCAACAUUAGUAAUCAUGAACGACCUGUCAGUUUGGGUUUGGAACAUGGCGGAAUUCCUUCUUCGGAAUCUGGUAGUCAGGUCAAGCUUAGGUCUAGUUUGAAAAAAUAUAAUACUCAGCCACAACAGCAACAACAUCAGAGUCAGUCAAAAUAUAGCACCGGCUCCAGUGCGGGAUGUGGAACACCAAUAACCACUAAUCCCACUCCGCCAGACAGUUUGACUAGCGAUGAUAGUUCUUAUUUGAGUGCGAAAGACAACUCGUCCUCGAUAUCUUCCCAAAGUCGUGUGCGAUUCACACCCGAGCUACUGAUGAAUAUGCAACAACCGCCGCAGCUCGGUCUGAGUUCCACGCAUGACAUCGGGGCGCAUACCCCGCUUGCUCGGAGAUCAUCAGGUGGUGCGAUUGCGGCUGGUUCAAAUAGUGUAUCUCUUUCGGUCGAUCGUCGCUCAAAUGUAGGUGAGUCUAGACAAUCCUAGCAGUACGUUAAAACAUACAUGGUGUAAUUUCUGGAGGAAUGCAAAGCGGAUUGCGAGUUUAUGAAUAAGGAUAAAGUUUCUUGAAAGUUCUCAUUGAGCAUUUAAUCGAGCAAAAGUUAUCACUUAACAAUAAAAUCUAUUCAAUCAACACAGGUAACAAUAGCCACACAAAAAUCAAAACAUUUAGCUUUGUGGAUAAAUACAUGUUAGCGCAGAGUUCGUUCUUAAUUUCCCAGGUUUUAGUUUCGAUCAUUCUAUAAUAUUCUAUAAUAUGUUUGGUGCAAUAUAACGUCCAAUCUAGUCCUAUUCAAUUAUUUAUUGUAUAUUAAACUUAAAAUCAGUCUUUUCAAUGAGAGUUGAUGAUAGUUAUUGUCAGAAAUACUUCAAGUUGUUUUUUGCAGUAUAACCAUUUUUGACUUUUAUCACUAUUAAAUAAUUCCAAUAUUAGUAAAAUUCAUUUAGUACCACACAUUCUCAGUUCAUAUCCAAACUUGUAGAGGACAAUAAUUUAUUUUACAGAUUGAAAACAAGUUUCUCAUUAAAAAGUGGAUCCAAACUAUUUUGUGGGGGUUACGUUGCGAUUUUUAGAAUUGUUUCGUUUGAUUAAACACCUUAUUUGAUUUGCGAUCUCACUAAUCUGAAAGGUGCAAAGUGGAAUACUGUACAGUUGAAAUGUCUGGUUUUUUAGCGUUUAAACGAUAUAAUUUUGGGUAAAACAGUUCCAUUGUAAAGCAAUUGACAUGAAUAAUCCAAAAUGAAUCACACUUAUUUCUGUCAACAUUUUUCGACCAUUAAUUUUGGAAUGCAAUGUCCUGCUGUAAACAGAGGAAAUGUGCUUUAUUUCAAUCAUGUUUCUCAGCCAAAUGCUACGUGCUUUUCUUGUCUUUGGUCGUUUCUUUCGUUGGCUCGUUUGCUCCUGUCGCAGGUUACAGAAGAUUUAUAAUGUGGUGAACCUGUCGUGCGUAAUUCGUCGUCCAAUAACCAAUUCGGAAAUUUGAUAUCAAUUUUCAGAUUGAUUUUAGGUUUCGUAUUGUUUUCUUGUCAGUUGUCUUGUAUCAGUUUUUUUACAUGAGUGACGAUUUCAAUUAAGCUUUUAGCUUACAUCGUGCCACACUCACUGUCGGCAGCAUUUGGAAUUUUUUUUUGACUCAACUGCAACUUUUGAAAAGGGCGUAUUGAUUUUAGUAAGAGAAAUCUUUGAUAAUUGAUCAAAAACUAUGAGUUCUACCGAAAUAGUGUCUUAGAAAGAGUUACGAGUAUUGAUGUCCAAACGUGAAAAAAUAUACACUGAGUAAAAUAAUUAGUACUUUUUUCAUUUACAAAAAAACUUAAAUUUGCAAUAUCUAAAAUACAUAUUUUUGUAUUGUUUUUUAUUUUUUUCAUAUAAAAUAGAAAUCAUGUUGAAAAUUUAAAAAAUGGGUACAAGAUGGUAAAACUAUUUUUGACAAACUUUGUGGAACAUCGAUUUUUUCAAUUUUCAAAAUUUCGAAUUUUUUUAUGUUAACAAUCAUUUUAAAAAAAUAUCUAUUUCCUGAUAUCUCCUGAUGUGGUUCAAAACAAAAAAGCUCUUUAUCAAUCUUCUUCUAAAUGCAGCCAUUCUCGUGAUAUUUAAAACAUAUUUCUAUUUUUUUGUCUUUUUUAUAGUAAAUAGGCUCUUUUAAUAUGUUUGUCGUGUUAUACCGCCAUGUUCUUGAAAUUUUAUGAAUUUGCUUAUUAUUUUCAACAACUUUUCCAAAUACAUCAUUAUGGUAAAAAUAUAUGUUUAAGAGUUACGUCGAAAAACAUUUGAAGACAUGUGGGUUAAUACAAAAGCUAGCGAUAGUGUUUUUCAAUGUAUUCAGGAUUCAGGACAUCAGGAUUCAUAAUUUGUGCUCAAAAAUGAUUGUUAACAUACACAAAUUCGAAGAUUCAAAAGAGUGUGCAGGAGGAAAUUCCCUCAGAGUGAUUUGCAGCAGCAGCAUUUCAAAUGAAAAAUAUUCGCCGUUUAAUCACCCGUUCGUACGGUGCUUCCAACGAUUUGUACAGCUAUUUUCAGGAGGCCAGGUUCUCCAUGUUUCAAAGUCGUAGAGACAAUUUAACAGUGACAGAACAAAGAAAUAAAAAAGCAUUUCGUGUUAAUUUUUCCUCCAUUUUACGUUUUUGUUUGCGCGUUGUUUCGUUUCUGUGCCGGGGACCAUGAGUCAUCGCAAUAUAAAAAGGUGUGCGUGUAAUUCCAUACGCUCUCUCGAAUAUUGAUAUCCGCUCUCACGCAGUGAAUGCUUGUUUUCACUUUUACUUUUUCUUACCACAAAUCAUUACCACUUUUUCCUUUUAUGUACCACUUCUCUUCUCUGCUAUCAUCUUCUUUCCCAUGCAUACGAAUAUAUUGAGUGCAUGAUACAAUAUGCUAGAACAAAGUAAAUAGAAUACCAGCGAAAGAAACGCGAAUCUUCCGGAGAGGAAAUUUGAGAAAGAGAAACACAGGGUGUCACACGAAGCAAGAUAAGUAUCAAUCAUAACAUUAAAUAUCUAAAAUUUAGAACCGGCAAUCAUAUGAAUCAAUUAUCGUGUAGCAUUUGAGGAGGACCUAUCUGCUUUGAUCGGCUCUCUUCAUUGACUCUCUCUUCCAAUAACCCCGGCCUUGCAGACAGAUUUUGCCCUAUUUUUCACAUAGUUUAACAAACGAAGUUAUGUUCUAUACUCUUGAUCGUCGACCACAUCAGACUGUGCUUUUACUGCUGAGUUAUCAACGUAAGAGAACGUUGAGAAAGAGAGUCGAUCGUUGCGGAUGGGUCCUUAUCGGGAGUUGCGCGGGAAUUUAUACAUAAUGAAUGUGAUUGUUUUUCCCAAGUCGUAAAUCGUUAAACGUGAGUUAUAAAUCGUAGAUCGCGAAUCGUAAGGGUCAUUCCUUUGAUACUUUAACUUACUUAUUUCUUUAUUCUUUUUAUCAUGCAAAAGGAGUUUGACAGAAACGAUCUCGGUUACCUUAUUAGAUUUCUUAAAGAUAACUCCCGAUAUCGCUGCUCCGCCCUCACGAGUAGAGUUUGAUGAAAAAUAAGUGCAAUAAAUUGUGAUACAUAUAUUUACGGUCGUACCAGUUCUGCAGGAAUGUUCACGGUUACCUUUUUAGGUUUCCCAAAGUUACCUCUCCGCUAUCGCGUUGGAGUCAUCGAUAUAGAACUCAUCGCCUUUGCGAUUGGAGUUCUAUAAAGUGUACGAGUUGAAGACCAAUGGUUACCUCCUCAGGUUUCCCAAAUAUAACUCCGUGAUUCGAUUUAAAAAAAAAAAGCAACUGCGAAAAUAUUAGAAUAUUUAGCCGGUCCAAUGAACUAUGAAGUUGUUCUACUCAGGUUACCUGAAGAUAAUCUCUACCGCGUGUUGUGAUAUAUAUUUAUAUGAUUUUCGGAAUUUCAUCAUCGAGUGGUAGAUAGGUUGCGUAUACAUAAUCACAUCACUUACCGCAGUGAAUCCUGAUUUUUCUUUACCAUUCCCACUAACAACUAUCCCUUCCUUGAUAAACGCUAGGGAACCACGCUAUAGAGGCGACCCUUCUGGCCUUCGGGCGGCGAAUAUCAUACUAACAUUCCUUCCCUUCCUCUGGUGACUGUAAGGACGUGGCCGGCGUCGUUAUUGACCAUUUAAAGUUCGAAUCACCGAAAAUUGCACAACGAGAAUGAUUUGCUAGUCCCAAGCGUCAUUCUGUGUGUUCUUUGUGCAAUUUGGUUGAUUUAGGUCAAUCACGGAGAGCAACUACGAAUUGUACAGUCUACCCAAGCUCAAGCUCAAAUUCGAAGAUUCAAAAAUUCCUAAAAAUUCGAUAUUUCACAAAGUUUGUCAAAAAUAGUUUUACCAUUUUGGGCUCAUUUUUUAAAUUUUCUACAUGACUUCUAUUUUAUAUGAAAAAAUUGAAAAAAAUAUAAAAAAUACAUAUAUUUUGAUAUCGCAAAUUAAAAUUUUAUUUUGUAAAUAAAAAAAAGAGUACUAAUUUUUCUUCUCAGUGUAUAUUUUUUUCAAAUUAAGACAACAAUACUCCAUAAUUCUUUCUAACACACUAUUUCGGUACGACUCAUAUUUUUUGAGAUAUAAAUUAUCAAAGAUUUCUCUUACUCAAAUCGAUACGCCCUUUUCAAAAGUUACGCUUGAGUCAAAAAAUGAACCAUGAUGAUGUAUUUGGAAAAGUUGUUGGAAAUUAUAAGCAAAUUCAUAAAAUUUAAUGAACAUGAUGGUAUAACACGACAAACAUAUUAAAAGGGGUUAUUUUCUAUAAAAAAGACAAUAAAUUAGAAAUAUUUCGAUAAUGGCUACAUUUAGAAGGAGAUUGAUAAUAACCUUUUUUGUUUUAAAUCACAUCAGGAUUCAUAAUUUGUGGCUAAAAAUGAUUGUUAACGUACAAAAAUGCGAAGUUUCGAAAAUUCCUAAAAAUUAGAUGUUCCACAAAGUUCGUCAAAAAUAGUUUUACCAUCUUGGGCCCAUUUUUUAAAUUUUCUGUAUGACUUCUAUUUUGUAUGAAAAAAUAAAAAAAAAAAAAAUAUGUUUUUUUGGAUAUUGCAAAUUGAAUUUUUAUUUUGUAAAUAAAAAAAGAGUACUAAUUUUUUUUCUCAGUGUAAUUUUUUUUCAUAUUCAACCAUCAAUACUCUAUAACUUGGUACAUAUCUGUAUCGAAUUAUCAUCGAUACCUCGGUUUUCGCUAAAUGCUCCGGUCCAACUGCAGCAGAAAAAAUGAAUUAGAAAUGAAGUAAUAAUAAGUAAUAAUACUCCAGAAUUAUUGAAAUAACUUUUAAUACAGCCAUUCCAUGCCAACACUAUAUAGUGGUUCUCAGAUUUUCGUUCGUUAUUUUGGUCACUUUUUUCCACUUUUUCCCAAAUAUGACUUUUUUUGAAAAUUCAUAACUUUAGAACUACUCGACCGAUUCAGACGAUCGACAUAUCAAAUCAAAGGUAAUUAGUUGGGAUUUUUUAGAAACUUCAUGAAACAGUAUGAAAGAUUUUCUUGAAAAAAUCAUAACUUUUGAACAACUGAACCGAUUAAGAUAAUCGAUAUAUCAAAUUGAAGCUAAUUUUCUAAUCUUUUGAAAAUAUUACACUUGCGAAAAAAUUGGAUGUUCGUUUUUGUAAUUAUUGAUUGUAUUAGUUUUUCAUAGUUUUCUCGGUUAAAGCUAUAUUUUUAUAGUUUUUAUUGAAAGCUUUUUUUUACAUGACAUAUCCAAAACUCAAAGGUGUAUCUUUUUUCGUUUUUGAGUUAUGAUUUUUCAAGUUUAACAUGCUUUCAGUCUUCGUUCAAUAUUCCUAUGCGACCAGAAUCCAAUUUUUUCAAAAAAUACUAGCUUAUUAGCUUCAAUUUUAUAUGUCGACUAUCUGAAUCGGUCCAGUAGUUCAAAAGUUAUGAUUUUGUGGAAGAAAAGGCAUAAAAAUGGUUUUUUGGAUACGGCAUGUAAAAAAAGUUCAACUUUCAAGACAAAUAUAUAAAAAUAUAGCGCCAUCUAGUCCAAAACCAUGAAAACAACAAAAAACAUAUACAAUCAAUAAUUACGAAAACAAAAUUCAAAAUUAUCGCAAGUUCGAUAUUUGUUCCACCACCAUCGUUAUUUAUCUUGACAACACAUCAGAUCAAAAAUGCUUACCUUGAUUUAAUCAUACACGAACACACUCUAUCUAACACUAUAAAAACUGACGGUAUGAUCGACAACAAGUCUUGAAAAAACAGGAAGUGGGUUAUAUCAUAACCGCAAAGAUGACAUAGGUAAUCGCUGGUUUAGUGAUCAUUUGUUUGAAGUUGAAUCUGAAUCAAUUCUCGAUGAUAGAUGAGUGAACAUUCCGGGGAAUUCGAAAGCGAAAUUUCAUCUCAGUCAUGUUUUAUAUGCGGGUGAUGCAAGACACGGUUAACAAAGCACCAUUGUCAUUCGCUUUGUGUACAACGACGUCGAACAACUUGUAUGUAGCUAAGGAAAAAUAUUCAGCAAAAGAAGCAAUCACGCAAAAUUGGUGCAAAAUUUAUUUCUCCACUUUCUUAUGUAUGUCCUGUUUAUCAGCCCUAUUAUCCCUAUACAUAAUACAUAAUACAUUGCUCGUCACUAAUUCUCAAACAUAAAUUACAAAAAAUUGUAUUUUCUCGCAGUAUUAUAUUUCAAAUAGAGAACAAACUGCAUACUCUUUCGUUUCAACAUAAUUCUUUAUGUUCUAAGCAAAAAUGACAUCUUUUCGUUUUGUUUUCCUCGAUGCUCGAAACUCGCCGUUAAUCGAUGUUGACUCGAUGAACACCAAACGAAAAGAGUUGCGCGUGUGUGUGUGACGGCUGUCUCUAAUGCCCAGCAAUUCUUCUCAAAACCUUUUACUUCCUUGGUCGCCUCCUUAGCGGUACCAUUCUUCUACUUCGGUGGAUUUACUUUUGGCCUUAGGGGGAAUCUUUGACGAAGCCGACGCACCAAUGCCGUUUGUGUGCACAAACAGGCUCUUGGUGGUACAGUUCAUCGGCGCUUUCAUGAUGAUGAACAAAGUUAGCUUCGCCACAAUAGCGGCAACAUGCUCCUAUCGAUGUACAAUUAUAACUAAGUGAAUUUCCGAGCGGGCACACUCUUAUAUACAGAUUUCUGUGAUAUAGAUAACCUGUUUUGAAAGCACUUUUGAAGCUAUUGAAACAAAAAUUUUUGGUUCAAUAAGUAAAAAGCAUAUAACGCGUAGACAUUUUAUCUAUCGAACGAAGUGUUUUUCAUACCAUUUUGUCCAGUUGUUUAGGAUGUAUUAACACUCAAAAUCUUGUUGCUUGUUACAUCCCAGUAUAGCAAUGAAAGCCCCAGUCCAUCAAAUGCUACUGUACUGUACCGUCUCAAAAUGGGUAAAAGAAAUGAUUGAAUCUAUUUGAAAGCGUGUU